UUUGUUGACUUCCUGGUUGCUACAUUUCUAUCAGUAGCCUGUGAGUUAAGAAGAUACUUUGCUUUUGAGGUUGAGUAUAAGUUAUCUCUUUCAAUAGCGAUAUUCCAAAAUCAUGACUAAUUUAAAUGAUAGUACCGCUAUCUCUUAAUCCAACCUGAAAUUCCAAAUGUCCGUAACCUGUCAAUCAAAGUAUUGAUUAGUUGAACCGGAUUAUUUAGCGACUUUAGCCUGUUAAGGAGAAUUACAACAGCCAUGAUGGCGACGGGCUACAACACAAAGGACGAAGACGGUAACCCUGCUGGGACCUCGAGUCCAGUUGGAGCGGGUAAUGACAGAAGCAGGAAGCCUGACAAUACUGCCUUCAAGCAGCAACGAUUACCAGCGUGGCAGCCCAUACUCACGGCGGGCACUGUGUUUCCAGCUUUUUUCGCUAUUGGCGUAUUCUUCAUUCCCAUCGGAAUCGGCCUCUACGUGACAUCAAACAACAUAAAAGAGUUCGAGAUUGAUUACACCGGAGUUGACGCAUCAAAUCCAUGCUUCAACUGUUCUCAGAGUUAUAGCUGGAACAGUACAAAACCGUGUACGUGUUCUGUGUCCUUCGUACUUGAUCAGGCUUUUGAGGGCAGUGUUUUCAUGUACUAUGGGCUGUCCAACUUCUAUCAGAAUCACAGACGUUAUGUUAAGUCCAGGGAUGACAGGCAGUUGAACGGCGACACACGAGCAUUGACGGAUCCCAGCAAGGAUUGUGAGCCGUACCGUACUGAUGUCAAGCCCAUUGCCCCCUGUGGAGCUAUUGCCAACAGCCUAUUUAAUGACUCUUUGGAGUUAGAUUAUGUCUCUCCCAAUGGUACACCAAUUUCAAUUCCUCUGUUGAAGAAGGGCAUUGCCUGGUCAACCGACAAACACGUUAAGUUCAGGAAUCCCGGGGGGAACAACUCCAAUCUCAUCGCUGCAUUCAAAGAUACAACAAAGCCAAUAAACUGGGCCAAGCCUGUGUUCGAGCUGGACACAGACCCGGACAACAACGGCUUCAUCAACGAAGACUUCAUUGUGUGGAUGCGCACCGCGGCCCUGCCCACCUUCCGCAAGCUGUACCGCAUCAUCGAGAAGAAGACCGAGGCUCCGACCUUGCUCAAAGGCAGCUACACUCUGCACGUGACCUACAACUACCCCGUGCUUACUUUCGAUGGACGCAAGCGCGUGAUCCUCAGCACCAUCUCCUGGAUGGGAGGCAAGAACCCCUUCCUGGGCAUCGCCUACAUCACCGUUGGCUCGAUCUGCUUCUUCCUGGGCAUAGUCCUCUUAGUCAUCCGCCACAAGUAUGGAGUCCGCAGCAGCAGUGCCGACAUCCCCAGCUGAGCGGCCUGCUGCUGCAGGUGCCUGAUGCCUGAAGCCCGGAAUGAACCACAAAUUGAAUGUAGAAGAAACGUCUUUCCUGUAUACGCUUAAAGCCACGGUUGCCAAACCUCUGCUCGUUGCCCCCCUGCCGGAUCCAGGUAUUUAGUGCGUUCCAUCUCAAGCACACCUGAUAGAACUAAUCAAGCCCUUGCUUGGUUGCAUCAGGUGUGCCUGAGAUGGAACGCAUCAAAUGCCUGUAUCUGAGUGGGGGUACCUGAGGAGUGGUUUGGGAACCACUGGUCUAAAAUGUAAACCCGUUGAGUCGUGAGAUGGAGUUUCGUAGAGAAUUCUGCCAUGCAGUUUUAAGAAGAGGCUGUGGUGCGAAACAUCUGAUCCUCCCAGGCCUUCAUAAAAACCUUUUUUUUUUUUUCAUCAAAAUCACUAAAUUUGAUUGAAUUAAGGCUAAUAAACAUAUUUUGGUUUUUUAGUAAUCCAUGAAAUCUCAUUAAAUGAAUAACAGUGUUUAAAAAGGUAAAGAUAUUUGGUGCUAUAUGCUGAAUUGUGAGUGAUUUGCUACUGAACGGGAGGGGGGGGGGGGGGGGCUCUAUUGAUGUUGAUAUUUCAAAUCCCUGUGGAAAGAUUCAAACUGUUAGGUAUGUUUCCUGCUACCCUGCUCAAGCAGACUCAGAGGAAAAUAACGUUCAAGCCAUAUGACUACAUACAUUCAGUUCUAUGCCGCAGUGUCACAUCUUCAAGCUUAUGCAAAUGAAAUGCCAGUUAAACUAUUUUUACAGGUUAUAUUAGUGUUUGAUUUUGAUGCAAUUGGGUAUGUUUUGCAAUACUUUGAAAUCAGUCUUUUACAAAUGUUAAAAUAUUUAGUUUGAAAAUUUACUGCUGUGAAGAAAGUAUUUUAGAAUAAAUAUCCAGUGGUGGUAUUAUAUUCACAAUAUUGAUUACCAAAUAUUUUGCACUUUUCCUUUACUAUGGAUUUGUUACACAAGGUCAUCCUUUAGUCUGGUCUCCUUUUUGGUUUUAUAUAUUUUGUACUGUAAAUUUUACACCAGUGUACUUUUAUUGCUAGAAAAAUAAAACAGUAUAUUAACUUGUGAGUCUGUCAUAUAGAUAGUGUUCUUUUAUGUAAUGGGAAAGGCGAUUAUUGCCUUUGGUAUUCUCAAAGGUCACAUUGACUUAAAUUGAAACUCUUCAACUGGUUGCAAUGCAAGUUUAUGAGGUAUUAACUGGUAAGAAGUGUAGUAGUCCAGGUUGAAACAUGCAACACUGCCACUACGCCUACUACUGCUUGUACUCUUAGGCGGUUUUACCAUUGGUCAUAGGUAGGCAAUUGCUUGGGGCCUCGUCCGCGAGAGGGGCCUAGUGAAUUUGUUUCCUUUUUUUAAAAUUUAUAAAACAUUUUUUCCUUUCUUGUCACUCCAAACGAAUGAUAAUAUGUAAUAGAUAAAAAUAAAUCUAUCUACAUGUAAAUGUGGGCCUAUCCAAUUAAAUAUCUAUAUUUGCCAAUAUUUAUUAUCACCCACAUUUCACAUUGAAUGGACUAUUCCACCUUGACCUCCCUUUCUUCAUACGCCUGUACAGUAGAUGGCGAAAUGGCGCAUGUAGUGCAUUAUUUAACAGGAAAAGACUCCACCGAGACACUAGUGAAUAAAAAUAACCGGCGGAAGUACGUAGUUUUCUCGUUUUCUUUGCCCUUGCAGCGUUUAGUUGCGAAGAAUCCACUCAAGAUGUACAGGCAAUUUCUGGCCUUACAGCAUGCCUCCCGGCGAAUGAUCUGCAGUAGCGCCCGGAGGCAAGUAGAGAACAAGGUCCCUGAGAAACAGAAGUUGUUUCAGGUUCCGGAUUCAUGAAUACAUAAUAUUUCUCCCCCAAUAGCCCGAGAGAUAAGUAUAUCUGUAAUUUGCUUACAUGGCUUAGUUUGGAGUAGGCUGAUAAUGACUAAUGGCUAUGCAUGUGGUGUGAUUAGGCACAAAUGGCCAGUGCAGAAUUGGAGCAAUGAGGGCAACUGCUUUGCUAAUUUUACCGUUUCAAACUCGUCUCCUGUUUUAAAUCAGAGGCACCUUUUCCUGCAUCGUACUAUUCAAGGCUGUGCAAUCUCCUUGAGGUUUUUGAAUGACCUUUGUAGGCCAUUUUUUUAAUGAGGCUAAUAUGUUUUUAUAUCAAGGAGGCUAAGCGGGUGUAUUGCACAAUGAAGCUUUUUUAUUUUAUAGUUUUAUAUUUAACUGUCAGCUGGACAUAAUCAUGCAAAUAGCUUUUUACCAAAUUGUUGGACAGUACAUGAGGUGUAUGGGGUGUGUGUAUAACCUUUGGGUUAUGUUCCAUUGCUUUUUGAAAAAUUAAUUGGUGAUUUGCUUAUCUUUUCUUUGCUAAUUGCUCUAGUUAUUUGCUGUGUGGUAAGAAAUGUGUGCUACAGUAAUGAUAUAGAGCUAUACUGGAAUGGCUACAGCAAUACCACCGUGAAUAGUGUUCAGUCUUGCACAUGUGGAGCUUAUAUAUAGGUCCACUUUUCUUUUUAUUUCACGAUGGUUAUAUCUAGGAAACGAUGUACACACAUACUCCUGCAUAACCACAUGCAAAACAAACCUUCAUGAACUGCUUGACGUGAAGCCACUAUGUAAUCCAAGCCACCACUAAGUAUGACGUCCUUUUAAGCCAAGCAGCCAAUAAGCUGUCCUUCGAGAUCUCACUGUAAUGUUUUUUUUUGUUCUUGUAUGUAUAGGAGGACAACGGGAUGCCAAUUCACUUGAAAGGUGGUACAAGAGAUGCACUCUUGUACAGAUUUACAAUGGUCCUAACUGUUUUGGGAGCCGGAUACGUUGUGUAUGAAUUGUGCGAUGUAGCAUUUCCCAAAAAGAAAAACUGAACCCUAUCCUGCUUUUAUUCAUGUCAAAUUGCCCGUUUUAGUUGUAAAGUAUAUAUGUAAAUUAUCAGGGAGUUAAUUCAUCUUGCUAUAAUGACAAGUGGUUGAUGUGAAUGGGAUCAAUGUUUAUUCACUGUACUAUAAUAUUACUGUGUACCUGUGGAUAAUAAAAACAUAUGUAUAUGCAUCAUCA